CACUACUAGAAACCUAACCUACAGCGAUGGAAUCAACGACAGAUUUUAUCUGUAGCUAAUUAGCGAUGGUUUACUGAGGAAUCACUGAUGGAAUGCAUAAAUAUUUCAAUCCAAAUAAUUAUAGAAGUUUAGAGAUGUAUUACCAAGGGAUCAACGACAGAUUGGUAUGAUUUUAUCGACAAAAAAACAGUCCCUUGUUGAACCGUCGAAAAGUAAAACCUCAACGAGGGAAUAACGACGGAUUGCAAAAAAUUAGUGGCUUUUUUUCCUGGCCCUCGCUAAACCCUUGCAGAAAAUCUACGCCUUCCUUUUUUCAUUCCUGGCUUUUCUUCCUUUACUCGUUCCCUCGUUUUAUUUUCAUUCCCACCGAUUUAUUCCCAAAGUGACGAUUUCCUACCAAAUCCCUAUAUGACCGUCAAAUCUCUACUCUGUCCAGGAAAUCGCCUCCACCACAGUCAACCUGUAUCAUCCCUCUUUGAAGCCUCUCAAAGGAAAACCUGAUCUGAAAUCACAUCCUCGUUGGCUUUCUUCUCGGUUUGACUCCCUUCCUCGUUGACUCACAGCUUACUUCCAUGCUAAUGCCUUUCGAUCUGUUGAUUCACAACUACUCCGUACAACUGCUUAGUGGCAACAACGACGUCGAUCACCCGAUAAGAUAGCGGUGGUGGUUCUGUUGGCGGUAACUGGAUCACAGUGGUGGUCAUCCCAUUCAAGCUCUUGUUUAUACAAAUUUGAUUAACCUUGAGGUAAUUUUGAACUUUAUGGAUGAUAUGCAUAAGUUUAGGUCAUUGUAUUGUGUUGUGUUAGAUUGAUAGGAUUAGCUAUGAAUUGAUAAUCUAGACAAUUGAUGAAGUUAAUAGCAUGCACCUAAUUGAAAACAAGUAGCAAUGUGUUGAAAAUUAUUCAAUGAAUCUCGUGAAUUACUCAAGGAAUCUAAUCUCCUGGAAAGUGGAUGAAGAUUGUUCUUUUUGGGAAGAGUCAUCAAAAUCUAAUAUCUCAAAAGAUGCUAGUUUAGACAAAAAGACCUCCAUUACCCUCAACACACAAUCAAAUGAUCUUGCUGUUGAUUCUACUGUUAUGUCAACACCAGUCAACUUUCAAGGGAUACUUGGAGCUUUCAAGCCUUCUUGUAAUAUUUCAGUUGCAUUUAAUGAUGUGAAAACUCACAAACAAGUUCCUUUGAAGAAGGAAAAUGGUCAGAUAUCAAUGGUGCCUCUUUUCCAAAGUCAAGAAAGCAUUGCUGGAGUGAUAUCUGUAGACCCAAUGCAAGGGAAGAAGGUCGAACAUAAUGGCAUUAAAAUAGAACUCCUUGGUCAAAUUGUUCGUGAACUGGAUGUUCCUGGUGAAAUAUCUGAAAGGAAAACAUUUCCUUUUGAAUUUUCUUCAGUUGAAAUGCCUUAUGAGAUAUACAAUGGUGUCAAUGUGCGACUUACUGUCGCUAGAGCUGAGGGUUUUCAGUUGGCCAAAUGUCUCUCUAUUUUUGAUCUCAUCGUCAUUGGAUUUGGAGAAACAAUUGGAGCUGGAGUUUACGGAACAGUUGCUAAAGAGCAAACAGGGCCUGCAAUCACAAUAUCAUUCCUCAUAGCCGGAAUAGCAGCUGGACUUUCAGCAUUAUGUUAUGCAUAA